AUGGUUUCGUUCAUGGUUUCCGAAUACUGUGAUAUUUCUUCUGGUCUGAGUCCUUUUACACAUUCAGAAUAUCUGCAAGGCAACCCGUUGUGGUUACAGUACGUAAGAGUACCGUUGGUUACUUUAGGAUACGAAAGUGGAUACGAUGUGUUUGUCAAGGCUCAUGGCGGUGGCCUUUCUGGUCAGGCGCAGGCGAUAUCCCUUGGCAUUGCUCGAGCUUUGCUAAAGGUCAGCGAAGACCAUAGAAGACCUUGCAGAAAGGAAGGGCUGCUGACCAGAGACGCCAGAGUAGUUGAAAGGAAGAAGCCUGGUCUCAAGAAAGCUCGCAAAGCCCCUCAGUUUUCAAAGCGUUAG